AUGGAGGAGAAGGUGCUCCUCGCCGUGGCCGUGGUCGUGCUGCUCGUCGUCGUCUCCAAGCUCAAGUCUUUGCUAGUCACCAAGCCGAAGCUAAACCUGCCCCCAGGGCCGUGGACGCUGCCGUUGAUAGGCAGCAUCCACCACCUGGUCACCAGCCCAUCGAUCUACCGGGCAAUGCGUGACCUCGCGCAGAAGCACGGGCCGCUCAUGAUGCUCCGGCUGGGCGAGGUGCCCACGCUGGUGGUGUCGUCGCCGGAGGCCGCGCAGGCGAUCACGAAGACGUACGACAUCACGUUCGCCGACCGUCACUUGAACGCCACCAUCGGCGUGCUCACCUUUAACGGCACCGACCUGGUGUUCGGGACCUACGGCGAGCGGUGGCGCCAGCUCCGCAAGAUCACCGUGCUGGAGCUGCUCAGCGUCGCGCGCGUGCAGUCGUUCCAGCGCAUCCGCGAGGAGGAGGUGGCGCGGUUCAUGCAGAGCCUCGCCGCGUCCGCCGGCGCCGGCGCCACAGUCAACCUGUCCAAGAUGAUCUCCAGAUUCAUCAACGACACCUUCGUGAGGGAGUCCAUCGGCAGCCGGUGCAAGUACCAGGACGACUACCUGGAUGCCUUCGACACCGCGGUCCGGCAGACGUCGGUGCUCACCGUGGCCGACCUCUUCCCGUCGUCGAGGCUCAUGCAGAUUCUCGGCACGGCGCCUCGCAACGCGCUCAAGUGCCGCAACAGGAUCACGCGCAUCCUGGAGCAGAUCAUCCACGAGCAGGUGGAGGCCAUGGACCGUGGCGAGAAGACGGCGCACGAGGGCUUAAUCGGUGUCCUGCUCAGGCUGCAGAAAGAGGCCAGCUUGCCCGUUGAGCUUACCAACGACACCAUUGUGGCGCUCAUGUUUGACUUGUUCGGCGCCGGCAGCGAUACCUCGUCGACGACACUGAACUGGUGCAUGACAGAGCUAAUGCGGUACCCGGCAACCAUGGCCAAAGCGCAGGCCGAGGUUCGGGAGGCCUUCAAGGGGAAGACCAGAAUCACCGAGGAUGACCUCGCCGGGGCAGAGCUUAUCUACCUCAAGCUUGUGAUCAAGGAAGCUCUUAGGAUGCACUGCCCACUGCCGCUCCUGCUCCCGCGGCAGUGCCGGGAGACGUGCCAGGUCAUGGGCUACGACAUCCCCUAA